GAGGAUAAAAAAAAAAGAUUUUUACCAAAAUCUUAUUAUUAUUCCUUUGCUUGCUGUAUCAUCAUCUUCUUCUUCUCUUCCUCAUCAUCGUCUUGAUCGUCACAAAGAUCCUCCAUUUUCGUUAUUUGAAGUUUCGUUGGAGGAUCAGAUCUUGACAAGAGUCAAGCUCAAGGAGAGGGUGAGAAAAGUGAAGGCAAGGCUUUGAAGAUGUCUUUUACAGGAACUCAACAGAAAUGCAAAGCUUGUGAGAAGACAGUGUAUGCUGUGGAGCUUCUCUCAGCUGAUGGAGUUGGCUAUCACAAGUCUUGCUUCAAAUGCACUCACUGCAAAAGCAGGCUUCAGCUGAGCAGUUACUCAUCCAUGGAAGGUGUGUUGUACUGUAAGCCUCAUUUUGAGCAGCUCUUUAAGGAGUCUGGUAGUUUCAACAAGAACUUUCAGUCACCUGCAAAGCCGGCUGACAAAUCAGCAACUCCUGAGCUGACAAGGACACCUAGUCGAGUUGCGGGCAGAUUCUCUGGUACACAAGAGAAAUGCGCCACUUGCAGUAAAACUGUAUAUCCUAUCGAGAAGGUAACAGUGGAGAGCCAGACAUAUCACAAGUCCUGCUUCAAAUGCUCACAUGGAGGCUGCGCACUUUCGCCAUCCAACUACGCAGCUCUUGAAGGAAUCCUGUACUGCAAGCACCAUUUCGCUCAGCUCUUCAAGGAAAAGGGAAGUUACAACCACUUGAUCAAAUCCGCUUCCAUCAAACGCUCCGCAGCCGCUGCAGUCGCUGCUGGCGUACCAGCAGCCGCGGAUCCUGAAUCUUAAAAACUUCAAUAAUAUCUUCUCCUCCUCUCUAGUCUAAAAAUUUGAAUGUUGAUGCCAAACUGAUUCAGUUUGCUUUUUUCCCGUUUGUGUCUUUGUGUGUGAGCGUGUGUGUAAUCUAUCCUUUCAUGUUCUUAUCUCCAUUGAUGUCUGCUAAACCAAACUUUGAUUGUGUUAGACUGUUCGUGUUUUGGUAUCUAUAAAAUCUGAGACUUUCGUUUACAGAAACUUCA